AUGAAUGCAACACCACAACACCUAAAGGUGUUGCUUACUGGCGGCGCGCGAGGAAUUGGACGCGGUCUUUUGCGCCAUCUCUUGACCGCCGGCCAUGAAGUCAUCAUACUCGACUCUAACAAAGAAGAAUUAGACCAUGUGAAAACGCGAGCGCAAGAGUGGUCCAACGGGCGAAAAGAACACUGGCACGCCCUUCACUGCGACCUCAGCUCGCGCACACAACUGAAAGCUGCUGUCAACGAAGUGGAUCAAAGAUUCAACGGGAAGCUCGACGUCCUCAUCAACAACGCAUUCCCCACCCAUCUCAGUUUCUCAGAAGACCGCAGCAUGGAAGCCCAAGGAGAAGACAGGGAAAAAGAAUGGGACUUGCAACUUGCAGUUGGCCUCACAGCGCCCUUCCUACUCAGCCGCCUAUGCGUCCCCCUCCUCGCAAAAGGAAACUCGACCCCCAACUCCCCCGGCACAAUCAUCAACGUAUCCUCAACCCGCGCCUACCAAGCCGAGCCCGACCAUGAGGCGUACUCUGCAGUAAAAGCAGGACUGCUCGGCCUAACGCAGGCAAUGUGCAUCUCGCUGGGCCAUCGACAUAAGAUCAGGGUUAAUGCAAUUAUCCCCGGGUGGAUCCACGUUAUCAACGAGAGCAAAGCUGGAGAUGAAAAAAGCAUGGGGUGGGAGGAAGGAUUGACUGAGCAAGAUACUGCGUGGCAUCCUGCGGGGAGAGUAGGCAGAGUAGAAGAUAUUGCUAAAGCGGUGGAGUAUGCGGUUAGCAAUGAGUUUGUGACGGGCCAGGAGAUAGUGGUGGAUGGGGGUGUGGGGAGGAAGAUGGUGUACUGCCCGCAUAUCCUAGGUGCUUAUAUCACUUACCUCAAGAGUGAACUUCCAAGCUAUGAAGAGAUUGUUAUCAUUGAGCAGAAUGCGACGUCAGACAAGGAUCCACUAUGGACUACCAUGGUUAACCAUCUCUGUCAUGAACGCUUCAAAGGCCUCAUCCCUGAUGCAGAUGAUUUUGAGGAGUUCUUAGAGACGCAUGAUCGCCUCAAAACGGCAAUGGAAACCGCUGAUGCAUUCUUUGCGGGCUAUGCAAAGAGGCAUGCGAAUGCCGGCGAGAGCGAGCGCCGUCAGCGCCGUCAGCAGAAUGAGGCCGAGAAACGUGCGCGCAUUGAGCGGGAGAAGCGUGCGGUUCAUUCUCUAAAAAAGAAACUGGGUGAGGCUGGCUCGGGUCUACUGACUGUCACAGCCGACGAGGCGGAGAUGCUGCGUGGUCGUACCUACACGCCCUAA